AUGACUAAAAAGCGUCGAUAUGGGCACUCGCGCAGUCGCCGAUCAUCGAGUGAAUACUCCGCGCAAUUUAAAGUUACGAAGCGGCAGAAAAAUUUACAUUCGCUCAACAUAUCUCGUAUUUCCGAAGCAUCAUCGAUAGCUAUUUCGGAUUUCCAGGCGCUGCAAAAUUGUUCAUCCAGUGCUGCACUCGUGGAUGUGUUCGAGUGGCUAGGAGACGCUGUCGUUGGAGAGCUUGUAGGGCGCUGUCUGUUGUCGCAAUUUCACAUCGCACCAUUGAGCGCGCGGGUUUUUCGCAACUUAAGAUUGGCGAUCGUGACAAAUUAUAACUUAGCUCAGGUGUACGAUGUUAUGGGGUACGCAGCUGUUCAACGCCAUGACACAAGUCGAAAAGAUGCGAAGAUGAAACAGCGUGCGGAUGUAGUGGAGGCUGUGGUUGGUGAAUUGGUGUUUAAAUUGCAUCAAUGUAAGGAGAACUCGGACAUUUAUCAAGCUCAUCUGGACAUGCUAGUUGCCAUGAUGCUUCAAUGUCAUUUUGCAGAGCUAAAGGCGGCAGCUAAGGAGAAAGGAGAGACAGAAUUGUCAGCGAAAGGUCCACUAAGUUUAGCUUUUAACUCAUUCGCGUGUUUACCUGACGAACGACUGGAUGAAAGUACGGGAGAACUUAUCGUGACGGAUGGACUCGAAUUGCUUGAAAAUGUCCAAGACGAAAGAUCCUGCGUGCGCGUGUAUACGUUAUCAAAGGUAGAUACUCAGGAACCAUAUCAUUAUUUCACUGCAAUAAAGAACGUUUCUACAAUUCGAGUAGAAAGUGUGCGACUUGCCAUGGUUCAGCUUGACGAUCAACACAUUUUACGGACUUCCCAGGAGAUUUUUGAAGUAUUUAAGGUUUAUGGAAUGGCAGUUCUCUCUGAAAGAAUUAGCUGGUUGCUCGCCUUGCCUCAUGUUUCUCUGCAGUCGAGAAAAUGUUCAAUAUUUAUGACUCCAGCAGAUCUGACACGACAAAGGCAGCGUAUCCUUUCAAUCACCAAUCUUGCAGUUAGUGCAAUUGCACUAGGUAUCGCAGAAGUUGCUUUACAUGACAAUUUAGGAAUCAAUUGUGCCGAAGAAGCCGUGCGACGACUGCAAGAGGAGUCUCGACUAGCCAACACUCUUCGUGCCUUUGUAGGUUUUUAUAGUGCUGUUGUCACGGUAUCAAUGGCUGUAAUCAAACAGAGCAACGUUUUGAUCACGACUAUUUGUAACGCGCUCUAUAGUGCUGCAAAUUCAAGUCAAGAACAAUUGAUAGUGGUACAAAUUCCAGAGAGAGAAUCACUAAUCGCGAUGAGGCGGUCAAUUAAUGAAGCACGAAUGUUUAUGAACAGCCAAGCUUGUGAUGAUCUACAUGCUCUUGGAGAGAGGGAAGUAUCACAAGCUGCGCUUGAAAGAUGUGAAUUUCAACCAUCACUCAAUAUUCGGCAAUGCAUCUCAAAUAUGUUUCAGAGUUCAUUCGAUGCGCUAAAUGAAGGGCGACAAACUCAGCAAAAGCAAAGCGACAAUUUGUCCGAUCGUUUUCAGCAGAUCGUUGUAUUGUUCGCACAACAUAAAACAGAGGCUUGUCGAACACAAAUGACCGUAUUUGAACAUGAUUUAGCGCCAUGCGUGGAGCAACUUCAAUUUCGAAAGUGGGAAGUUUCGUCAAGCACUUUAACGUUAGCAAUGCGUGACAGUUUCUUUCGGAUGCUGCUCCAUGAUAUUUGUCACUUUCACGCCAUCAAUUCGAGCAGUAGAAACACGCGGGAUGGAACUCGAAUUACACAGCUUCGUUUGCCACUUCAUUAUACGUGGUCAAACAUUGAUACACGUAUCACUACGGAACAACUAGCUCGGAGCUAA